AUGGCGUGCAGCGGAGCGAUUGGGGCUACAUUGUUGGCUUUGUUCCUCGUGGACCUCGCCUUCGCCGCCCGAUCGCCAAGGAGAGGGUUUGGUGAAGGAGGAGGCUGGGGAGGCGGUGGCGGAAGCGGCGGAGGAGGAGGACUGUAUCCUGGUUCAGGUUACGGCUCCGGUUUUGGUUCGGGCGUAGGCGAAGGAUAUGGUGAGGGAGAAGGCGACGGAGCGUUCGGCAGAGGCGGCGGCGGAGGAGGAGGAGGAGGCGGCGGCGGCGGUGGUGGCGGCGGAGGUUCCACGGGGAGUGGCUCUGGGUUUGGUUCGGGCUACGGAUCCGGACGCGGAGGAUGGGACGAAAACUCGCCAUGA